UUUAAAAGAUAUUUGUAGUGAAUAGGCACAUCACCUCGAAGGGUGUCUUCCUGAGGGAAACCCUUCAAUAAAAAAAAAGUUCUAUCAUUGUGUAACUGUCCUUUUAAAACAGUCAUAUCCAAACUGUAGUUUUGGAGAAGGGGGUGCAGGUGGAUUUGGAAAAAGUGUUUCGAAUGUAAUUCAGAAGCGGCACGAGCGUCGUUUAAAAAGUUUGAUUGAGGUAAAAAAUGCUAACAGAACGCUAAACAUCUCUGGAAUAAACGAUAGCUCAUUUGAUGAAGAUAUACAGGUGAUACCCAUGAAACCUUUUUUUAUAAGAAAUGUGUUUAACCAUUUGCUUUGGUACUAAGAGUUCCUGAUAUUCAUCAUAUUCGUUGUUUGGUUAGGAAUAUGGAGUGUUCUCUGUCAUAUUCAGAACAAAAAGAGCACCUAUUCCAUCCAGAAAUUAUCAUGGACGAAUUUGAAAGAAUGAGCAUAGUUACUAAAGAAGUAGCAUUAGAUAGGCUAUUGCAAGUUGUUCAAAAGUUGUAUCCCGGUUUAGAUAUUGCACCUGCCCUAAUACAAUUUCAUAAACACACUACCAGAAAAGGAGUGUUGUGUCCAAUUGUUAUUGCUAGUUCUGAAGAUAAUAUUUCUUCUCCUCGGCCGCAACUUAUUUUAGGAGAAAACAUAACAUUUGUUGACAAAGGGAAAGUAAUUGCGAUGGGUCAUCGGCAUAAUGAUUCCCUACAUGUGCUUCAACUUAUCGCCUAUUACUGUAUUAUGGACCUGUCGUACCCAAGAUCGUUUGGGGGAGUUUUAGGGCUGUUGCAGCAUUAUGUAUUGCAAAUACCAUUUGCUUCUACUAAUAAGCUUUGGCUAAAAAAAUGCAAAUUUUUGUAAAAGUUUUUAUGGAUCUUUGUAUUU